UUAGAAAAAAACCAAAAUCUACGCAAAGCAAAUUCGCCAAGGCGAACCUCAGAAAUAGAAAGUCAGUGGAAGGAUUUUCAACGACGUGAGGAAAACUUCCAGAGACAGAAACGGGAGAUGCAGCAACGCGAGCAGGAUUUACAAAGGAAACUCAGAGUGGUUAAAGAACGGUAUCAGGACUCUCAAAGCCACCUAACGGAUAUUGAGCAACAUGAACAAAAUAUGCAGCGGCUAUUGAGAGACCUUCAGGAACGAGAAAAAAAUUCUCAAAGGCAACUGAUGGAGUUUCAACAACGUGAACAAAAUAUGCAGCGGUUGUUGAGAGAGCUUCAGGAAAGAGAAAAAAAUUCUCAAAGGCAGCUGAGGGAGUUUCAACAACGUGAAGAAAAUUCUCAGAGGCAGCUGACGGAGUUUCAACAACGUGAAGAAAAUUCCCAGAGGCAGCUGGUGGAGUUGCAGCGGCAACUAAGAGAGAUAGGACAGCAUUUGACCAAUUGCCGAGGACAAGUUUCUGAACUACAGUUAAGUCUUUCAACAGCACAGGAAACAAUAAAUCAAUUGCGGAACCAGGAAACACGUGACUGGGUUAUUCCCCGCGACGAAAUUCAAAUCACAGAGAAAUACCUUGGGAGGGGAGGAUGGGGAAUUGUCAAUGAGGGAACGUAUUGUGGCUGUACUGUAGCAGUGAAGCAGAUCCAUGAGUUGAUUCUUUCUCCUCAUAACAUAAAUCUGUUUGAAAGAGAAAUGAAUAUCGCUUCUAAAUGCCGCCAUCCUCACUUACUACAGUUUAUCGGCGCCACGAAAGAUGAGGGAACUCCUCUGUUUGUGACCGAGCUGAUGGAGAAAAGUCUACGCACUUUGUUGGAGCAGCGGCAACUCUCCGAGACAGAAAUAGCCGUCAUUUCUCUGGAUGUAGCACGUGCCCUGAACUACCUUCAUCGAAAGAAACCAGAGCCUAUCAUUCACCGUGACGUCAGCAGUGCGAAUGUGUUGCUAUGGCGACAGGGUGACCAAUGGAGAGCCAAAGUGUCUGAUUACGGUACUGCUAAUUUUAUACAGCAGACCAUGACAGUGGCUCCUGGAGCUAUGAUUUACAGUGCACCUGAAGCACUUACAUCAAACCAAACAGUCAAGGUAAGUUUAAGUAAAUAUUCAAGACUGUUUACUUACUAAAACUGUACAGCAAGGCUAACAGUGGCAGAAGUGAUAAGUGAUGUCCACUCCAUAAACAAUACAUAUGAAAUGACUAUAUCUUUGUGAGGAGUCUUUGUACCUUGUUCUGCACUUUUUUCACUCUUUUAUACAUAUCUUCUUCAUGGAUUUGGUCCACGUAAUUGGAUUCUUUAAUUCAUCCCUUCUUGUCUCUAAAGACAACAGUCACGGGAUAGCAAAAGUUAAUUAGUAUUUUUAGAAACAAAACAUUUAAGCCAAUAACGUACCAUGAAGCCUUUUAAGAAUCUUCUCUUUUCUAGGCUUUUCUUAUCCAUUUAUCGAUAAUCAUCUAUUUUGAAUUCUCGAGUUCCUCCCUCUCGUGUUACCUUAACUCCUUUUGUAAUCAGUACACAACUAAUAAGUAAUGUCAUGUAUUAUGAUUGCUUUUAGGUUGAUGUGUACAGCUUUGGUGUUCUUCUUUGUGAAAUGUGCAUCCGGGAACUUCCAGAUCCUAGUAAGCGUGAAGAACAAGUCGUGCUUGUAACGAACGGUGUGUUUCGCGGCCUGGUACGGCGAUGCCUGCAUAGAGAUCCUGGGCCGAGACCAACCAUGCAGGAGAUAAUCGAUGAACUGAAAGAUGCCGAUGUAUCAUCUUAA